GAAGAAGAAGACAUCAAGCAAACAGAAGUAGAACCUUAAAAAAAAUGAAGGCUCUGAAGCUGCGUGUUGGCCUGGCCUGGCCUGGGGGUUCCACAGGAGCGCCACGGGGUGAAGAGGUGGUGUCUCCAGCGUGUCCGCGUCCUGCAGCGUGACCCCGGAACCGUGUUCUCCUUCCAAAUGGCCGCAUCGCCCUUCAGAGGGGAGGUUAUCUGUUUCUGUGCCCUUCGUGUUAUGAAGGCAUUUGGGGACACUGGUGUGGGCAAAUCAAGUAUUGUGUGGAGAUUUGUAGAAGAUAGCUUUGAUCCCAACAUCAACCCAACAAUAGGAGCCUCAUUUAUGACCAAGACUGUACAGUAUCAAAAUGAGCUGCAUAAAUUCCUAAUUUGGGAUACAGCUGGACAGGAGCGGUUUCGUGCUUUAGCCCCAAUGUAUUACAGAGGGUCAGCAGCAGCCAUUAUAGUAUAUGACAUCACAAAAGAGGAAACAUUCUCAACGUUAAAGAACUGGGUUAAAGAGCUUCGACAGCAUGGACCUCCAAACAUUGUUGUAGCUAUUGCAGGAAAUAAGUGUGAUCUUAAUGACGUAAGAGAAGUCAUGGAAAAAGAUGCUAAAGACUAUGCAGAUUCCAUUCAUGCAAUAUUUGUAGAGACAAGUGCGAAAAAUGCAAUAAACAUUAAUGAACUCUUUAUAGAAAUUAGUCGCAGAAUUCCGUCAACUGACACCAACCCCCCGUCUAGUGGUAAGGGCUUCAAACUUAGAAGACAGCCAUCGGUGACAAAGCGCAGCUGCUGUUGACUGAUCCCUUAGAAAAUCAGACUUGUUUAUACAUUGUAGAGGCUACAUGCUUAUAGAGAGCCCAAGAAGUAAAUCUUCAUCAACCGAAGGCUGUUUGAAGCCCCGUUGAAACAUUGGUCCUCAUGGCAUCUCACAGUAGAGACAGAUAUGUGUUUGGUGUUCAGCCUGAUGUAGGAUAUAUUGUUUUCUGUCACUCAAAAGCAAGUAAAUCAUGAACAGAAAACUUUAGUACUCCUACAAAAUGCUUGAUAGAAAUGUACUUAAUAAAGAAAGAGCAGAGUAAGCUUGCUCUUGGCAACAUCUUUAAUUAUGAAAAAGCAGGUUAACAAUUAAACGUAGAACUUUCACAGUGGUAGUCAUGGAAAUCCCUAAUUUCUCUGAAAUAUCUCAGUUCUUACUCCCAGCAAAUUUUUUUAAAAACAAAUUGUGUGGUUAUCUAAUUCAACUAGGUUUUUAAAACAUUUUGUGGUCACAGUGCUUCAGAAGUCUAUUCUAUACCAAGAUACCAGGUGUCAGACAGAAAAAUACCGCUGUUAUUAAAGUUGGUUAGUAAUAAAUCUGGACAUUCUUGAACUGGGAAAGAUCGUAGUAGGAGAAGGAAAGUCUCAGAUACUGGGAAUAUAUUUCAGAUAGAUUAGUAGAAAAAGGAAUUUCAGACUUUCUAAAUUAUUGUUAUUGCCUGUUACCAUGUGGUAAAAAUGGAGUUUAAAUCUGUUUGGUUUUUUUUUUCAGUGAAAUAAUGAAAAUGAUUUAAUAGUAUUUAUCCAAAAUUUAUUGACUUGAGAAGAAAAUAGUGGACUAGACAAGACUGAGAGCUGGGCUAGUAUUGCGGUUGUUGUAGUGUUCUCCACUCAGGGGAGAGAUCCAUACAUCUUAGCAAAUUUUUAUGAACUGCUUUCUGAUCUGUCCGCACUUCUUUGUUAUACAUCAAAAGUAGACUUUGAAAACAAACAAACAAAAAAAACCCCAACCCAAAACACUAAAGAAGUAGAAACAAUCUGGCCCUUCUCAAAUGUAGCUAAGUCUCAAUGCCUGAGACUCCUUUUAUUUUGUUCCCAAUCUGAGUGGAAUGCCAGCAAACUUCAUAUCCUUUUUGCAGGUCUGACCUUGAAUUACUGCAGUUAAUGAAAACAUGGAAAUAGCCAGUGUUUCAGAUUGUCCAAACUACAAACGCUGACGUGAGGCUGCUUUUUAACACAUGCCUAUUUAAAAUGACAGACUGUUGAUGUAAAUUCUUUUGAGCCAAGAUAACUGUUUAUUGAUCAGUUGGCCCUAGCUGAAAGCCGGAAUACAGUCUUCCCUGGAUGAGAUGCACAUGUUCAGUGUUUCAUUAUUGUUGGAGAAAAGUGGUUUCUUCUGUAUUAAUUUGUUAGGCCAUCUGCUUUCAUCUUGCACUAGGCUUGCUGAAAUCGAUUAUAUUUUGUCCUAACAUAGCUUCUCUAUCUGGAGAUACAUCAGCCUUUGAGUGUUUGGAGUGCUGAUUAUCAACCAUUCCAGCUAAAUUUUUAAUAACUUUUUUCUGUUGUUAAAAAAGCUUAGGACUGAAGUUUUAUUCUGCUAUACCUUUCUGUUUAAUGAAUGGAGCUCACCAUAGAGACUAGACUGUCAGAUACUCUCACAGGGAAUUAAUUGCUGCCAAACAAGUUUGGAAGGGUAAAGUAUCAUAUAUGUAAAAAUGUAAGGAGGUGCCUGUCAUGUCGUUGAUCCAGAGCAUUUUUUAACUGAAAAAAAUAUGACUAUUUCAACUUCUAAACAACACCAGUUCUUUCCCACAAAAGUUACAAAUUUGUGCAAAAAUAUAAUUCGAUGAAUGUUUAGUUUUUAAGCUUUGGAGCAACUGAAAUGUGUUCCCCAAGUUUUGGAGGUGUCUUCAUCCUGCCCUCUAAAUUACAAGUCUCUCAGCUGACUUGUUGAGUCAGGCUCUUGAUCCGUGCUGUAGGUAGUUUUGUAGUAUAUUUUAUAUACAUGCUGAAAACGGGCAUACUAAGUGCCUAAGUAGUUGAAAUCUAGAAGCUUAUAUUUAAUAACAGAAGCAUCUAGUGGUCAAAUUACUGAAAGUUGUUCUAGGUGCUUUGAAAAGUUCUAAGGCAAUUCUAACAACUUCUGCUGUUACCAAGGAGGUGAAGACUUUAUGUUAUUAGAUCCAUGUUGCAACAAGCCAAAUGAUUGCACUUCAAAUCCCCACUGACAUCAGCGAGACCCUUCCUUUAAGUGCUACAGGAUCAGACAGUUAAUAGUUCAGAGGGGCAUUUUAUGUAGACUUGAGUCUUUGAUGCAUUGGUGUGCCUAAUACCAAUUUAAUGUUACCAGCCUGCUCAAGAAUGGUUAUUUACGUGCUUGGGAAGAGAGGAAGAGGAGAGGAGACAAUGCCUAAUUACUAAUUUGGAAGUCUUAAUCUUUCAACCUGGUUGAGAGGUGUGGGAUUCAUUGGGAGCUGUCUCCAUUCAUGGUUAAAGCUUCAUUUUAAUUAUCAAAAAAUAAUUCAGGCUGAAUAUCACAAGUGGUUUAAGAGUUGGACUCAGCGAGAUUUUUGUUACAAUGUUAAUCCUAAAUUAUUCUUUAACAUUAGUGUUAAUUUCCAGUGUAACAUAUUGAGUAUUAGUUGGAAUAGGAAGCUUUAGCAGUGGUGUUUGAAUUACUUUCUUGUGAAACAGCCUUUGGUGUUUAUUAAGGAUGGUGUAGUCUAUUUGUGGUGUGCGGUGUCAGCAAUCUGCAAAGACUAUCUUGGGAAUUGAUGAUGUACAGGACAGGAGCUGUCUGAACUGUGUAGCUAGACAUCCUGUAGUGAACCUCACUUACAAGCAUGGUAGCUACGUAGAAGAAGAAAAAAAACCAUCUCAAACACAAGGAGAGCCUGAGUAAUUCACUGACUUAAACUUCUACACUGCCUAUUCAUUUUCUGAAAAGCUUCAUGUAUCUUUCUUAAACGCUUUAAACCUCUAAAAAAAGAGGCUUUUCUGUUCAUGGACAAGAGAGAAGGACAAACUUUCUUAACUUUUUUAGCGGGAAGUCGUUUUACAGUGACCUGAGACUGUCUGUAUGCCAGAAAAGAGUUACUUGAAGCAGGAGAAUUGUGUGCUUGGAAUUAAGCUUCUAAAAAAUCUGCACAAAAUUCUCUAAAGAAAACUGUUAAAAUGUUAUGUUCAGAUCACGUUCCUAGUAAUAGACCAAUAGGUGACAGAAGAUUUACAGGAAUAAGAUGUUGGUGUGAAUUGCCAGUCUAAGAUAAAUAUACAGGUUCUAGUACCAAAAAAAGUCAUGUCAGCUGUCCUUUUCAGAGUUGUAUGGCUCUGGCUUGUCAAAAGAAAUGGGCUUGAAGCCACACCAUCUUUGCUUCUCAUACAAGAAUUCAGGUGCCCAAACAUAUUUCCCUAAAAUUAUUAGGCCUUCUGACACCAAUUUUUUUUUCUGAAAAAUCCUUUCUGAUAUUUUGGAGGUCUCAAAAAUUUGAAUGCAAACCCUUUCUUGGUCAGCUAGAAUCAAAAAUGCUUGAUUUGGAAAAAUCAAACGAGCAUCACCAAGCUUUAUCUAUAAAAUGCCACAGAUAACUCAUCUUUCAAGGGAUAUACGACUGUCCUGAAAGCCAGGAGUACUUACUGAUGGCCUUAGUCUCUGAUACGUCAAAAUGAACCUAGGUGCAGCAUUUUCCUCCUUCCCCCUCCCAUUUCCCCCCACCCAACCCAUAAUUUUUAACAUAGUGUUGUCAGAGCGUACAUGCUAUAAACAGCUAUUUAGAAAUACUUAGAAAAGUUCUAGAGGCUUAGAGUUAUUUGGUGCUUCCUAUUUUACAUGGAAAAUCAAGGCAGUAAGAUGAUUUGUCUCCCUAAAAAUUGGGACAGCAUUUGCUGAAACUGCUCUCAUUCUAGAAUAAAGUCGUCUUAGAAGAAACAAUUUUGCUUUUCACAUCAUCAUCAUCCUGCAAGUUUGGGUUCUUAAAUUUUUACUUAAACACUAACAAUGAAUUUUAUCCAAGGAGCUAAUCAUCUUUGUAAAGGUACUCGUCUGUUAAGGAGGCUGGGCUUUUCUUUGCUUCAUUUCUGUUGAUGUUUUCAUGUAUGUAUUAUUGAACAAACCAACUGCUACUUCUUUUUCAAAUGUUGAAGGAUACAGACCACUCUUCCUGUCAUGCUCCUCAUCUGUGCGAGUGUGAUACUCCAUCCAGCUGUUGCACUGGGGUGUGCUGUAACUCUGGCACCUAGAUAGAUGCACUGCUACGAUCUUGCCUCACUUUUGCUCAUGUUACAGUAUGUAUUUUCUAUUAAAUCCAUUAUGUUUUCUUGACAAUUUGUUCUUUGUUUCCUUACGGGAUUUAGCUAAGAAUAGGUGGCGAGUCUCUUUUUCCUCUUAAGGGUUCUAGAAGUAUCUGCCACAAUGGCAAAUAUUUGUAAACAAAAUGGUAAUUCAUUAGUACAGCCUUCUGAAACUAUUAUGAAAACAGCAGCUGAGACAUGUACCACUGCUGUAGUGUACCACAUAACGAAGGCUGAAAGCGAUUCACCUGUGGGAGCAAAUCACUGUAAGGCUCUGGUAACACGAUGUAAGCACUUCUUAUUUUAACUUCCUUUUUUGUACUUCCUAUUUCUGAAUACUGUGUAUCCAACAUGGAAAUUGUGACACAGUGAAUUGAUUUAAGACACAGAAAUGGAUCGCAUUUCUGUAGCUGGAGGACACUUAAGACGUCCCGGCAAUCUUCCCCCUUGUUCCCCCCUCCCCACCCCCCCCAGUAUAAUGAAGAAAAAAAAAUCAUUCUGAACAUUUCUUCUAAACAAGAAACUUUGCAUUUGUGUAUUCAGGACACAGAAAUGACCUGAUACGCAUAUAGCUCUUGCAGUGUAAUAAAUGUUUGCCUGUAAAAUUAAGCAUGAAGGUUAACCUUUGUAUCAGCAAUUCUUGUCCCUCUUAAGAACGUUCUGCCUUUUCAUUAUAGGAUCAGGUUAACCUGUUGCAAAGGUUGAAAGGUCUGUGCCUUCUUACUGUAGUAUCUCUUACUAAAACUUAAGCCGCUCAAAGUUACAGAGCAUUUGCAGCACUGUAAACUGCACAAAUAUACAACCAUUGCUUCACUGCAUGACAUGUAGGCAGAUUACUCGUGAUGAAAUACUGUAGUGAUGAGUUCCCAAGCUUAUGAAUGUUUUGAGACUUUUUUUAGUCUUCUCUUGGGCUGGUCCUGAGAGCGUGUACAGGUUUGUCUGUAUUGUUGGUUUGUAGAUGCUAAUGAGGAAAACCAGGCUUUUGUUCUCUCCUUUUUGUUUGAAUUGUUAUACUCCCAUAUAGUGCAUAGAAUGCAAAUAAAGAAAUGUUGAUUUUGGCAUAAUGUAAACAGCCUUUUCAGCUUAAGCAUUCAUAAUAAACUUUUAUAGUGUAAUACCAUGGCUAAAUCACUACCGGUCUGAUGUAUUGUGCAAAAAAAAAAAAGGUGUAAACAUUUUAUUAAUAAAAAAGCUUUGUUUAUAAAUGUGCUGGCUUUGUUUAUAAAUGGUUCCAAAAUUCUUAACAUUUUAAAAAAUAGUCUCUAGAGUAAUAGAAUUAUAGAAGAGGAAUGUAAGCAGAAGUGAAUCAAAGAUGAUUCGAGUAGCUGUUUUCCAGAAGUACUGAGUACUGGUCAUUCAGGAGCUGUAGCUCUUUCCUGGUUGAUGUAUGCACAGGCGAAGGCAGAAGAGGGACUUGCACAAAGGAGGGAUGGGGGAAAAGAGCAGAAAGAAUGCAGCUUUUGUGCAACGCUUCCUUCCUCUGCAGCACGGUGUCUGAGGAGCUGCAGGGCACGCAUGGCUCGUCAGCCAGCGCGAGGCCUGAGAGAUUCCACCAGGGUCAGGUUAUUUAAUACAUUGCUUUUCGCUUAGACUGCAUGAAACGUGGAAUUCUUGACUGCUGAGGCCAGGUUUCUGUCAAUCAAAACUGUAAAGUGCUUUUAAUAUCUGCACAGUGUUGGGGGGUCCUGUCAUGCUGGGAAGGGAUCCAGAUCCUUUCUUAUCCGUUAAUAAAGCCAGCUGGUUGGCAGCUUGCUUUGUUUAAACCACUGCUUUGGUGGUCAUGGAGGGCACAAAAAUAGGGAGGUGGCUACAGUUGUCUUAUGUGACGCUUAAAAGAUGUAGUUUUCUUGUUGCAAUGUGUGAUGCAAGUCUAACGUGUUCAGUUAAUAGCAGCCUUCAAAAGCAUAAAUAAGAAAAAAAAGGUGUCCUGUUUCUGAUAGUGCUAUUUCACCUGCAAAUGUUGGGUGCAAGUUUCUACUAAGCAACUGGCUACAGUUUAUGUGCAGAAAACACAUACUGUCGUCUUUUUAACAGAGACCUGGAAUGACUUACUGUCCAGUACCUGCUGGUUUUAAGUUAUCUGCUUAGAUGUGUGUAAACUGCUUUUGGAGUGUCAGGUAUGUUUGUGUAAGGCGGUAUGAAUGUGCAUCGGAGAGAGCAAAAGAACAGUAACCGCAAGAAAUGUGCUAGAAUAGAGAGAAAAAUAAAUUUACAUGUGUUUGCAUAGGGAAUCUAGAUAACUAAAUGCAAACCACCCAAUAUGUGGACAUGCAAUAUGAGAUAAUGUUUUACUUGGAUCAAGUCUUUCAUAGCUUUUAAGGUAAGAGUUUUGUAACGGAUGAAAGCGUUCUUUAAAAUUGUCCCAAUACAAAGCUUACAGAUGCUCCUCAGAGUUUUCCUGUAGUGUUCAUCCCUGUUUUCUCCUGUUCACCAAAAAUCCGCUUUGGCAACACGUUGCCUUCUAGUCUUGUCAUGGUUGAAUUGUUAAUAAAGUGAGGGUUGGUUUGUGUAAUCGGUAAGGAUGUAGUGUUCCACGUGGCCUUCGUGCAUGCCCAUUUCAAUGAAUCUGAUCUGCACAAUAUUAAAUGUACGCACCU